AUGGACACCUCUCGGAACCCUAUGUCCUUCUCCAUUUACUUGUCGCCGACUAGGUUUGCCGCACCAGCACACUGGAUUUAUAAGACUGAGGCCACGUUUGUCACAGAAGGUGAGAAAUCGGUUGCAUGGACAACACCGGUAAUAUGGUCGGUCAGCAUUGCCGUUGGGAUUGUCUUCACGGACUUCUUUGAGACUAGCUUCUAG